GCUGCGCAGUCGUGACAGCCCUGGUUCCUGACGGCACCCGUCGCUGCGAUGGCGGGAGAGGGGCUCAGGCGCGCGCUGCUGGUCGUUAUUUUCGUUUGCGCGCUCGGCUCGAGCUGCGCUGAACGUUCGCACACGGGGGAGUUCGACGUCAGGCCCGGGGGCCUGGUGCACUCGCACACUGAGACACUGGGUGAUCAUUCAUGCAUAUUUACAUAUGCAUCUCAAGGUGGAACCAAUGAGAGAUGGCACAUGAGUGUAGGUAUCAGUGAAGACAAUAAGUUAUUUUCUUGCUCCAUUUGGCGACCUCAGGGAAAAUCCUAUCUGUUUUUUACUCAGUUUAAAGCUGAAGUCACUAAUGCCAAGAUUGAAUUUGCAAAUGGUUUUUCUCAAGCAGCAGUAGACGGCCGAAGUGAUGUUCCUCUGAAAGAAAAUGAAUAUGUGAUCAGUGAGAAUACUGUGACUCACAAGGAUGGAGUUUUCAAAUCACAGCUGUCCAAGCUUAUCAUAGUUGCUCGCACAGGACAUGAUGAACUGUAAUUAGAAGACCAUUAUAAGUAACCAUUGAAAUAAACCUUAAAUUUUAUUACUGUAAAUUCAUUACCUUAAUUCAAUUAUUGGAAACAUUUUCAUCCCCACCCUUGUAUUUUUCAUUUUGAUUUUCUCCUUUAAUGACAGAGCAGAAUUAAUGUGUAUUGUUGCUUGCUGUUCUAUCAACCAUCUUAAAUGAAACACAUUUUAGUUUAAAAGUGAUCUUCUGUAAAUGACAAAUGUUCUUGUUAAUCUUUCAAAUCUUGAAGAGAUCCUUGGUCCUAUCAGGGUGUCUCAUUUCAAACACAAAAAAGGGAAGAAGUAACAGAGCACUCUUGGAAGAUCAACUGUGGCCAUUCUACACUCAGUCUUGCACUGUAACAAGGACCUUUGUUAAAUCCUGUAAAUCUGAUUAAAUAUCAAAAUUAUAAACUGAGCAUAAUGUAUGCCCAUCUUUACAACACUGAUUUUUUUUGUAUUAAUGCAGGUAUAUUUGAUUAGUUAAUAUACACUGGGUGCUGUUUGAAAACCAAAACUGAAACCUGUCUACAACUGUAAGAAUGAACUUUGACUUGGUGUUAACUUAUAGAGCUUAUCUGUACAGUGCUGUUGUUGAAAUGCAACAUGAUUCUUAUGUCUGGAAGUCCUCUACUUUUAUAUUAGGUAACAAUUGUUUAUGGGGACCAUAUGCCUUUAUAUUUUACAAUCAAUUGCAAAUAAUUUGGUAAAAGCUUAAUGUAUCAUCUACAGUUAACCUUGUAUUUGGUUUUGUUACAGACCUAUGCCACAAGGGGAAUAAAUUACUGAUUUCAGUUCAUCUGUA